UAACGUUGUCACUUAGAAAAUCUUACUCUAUUUGGGUUUUAUUUAUUAGAAAAAAGGUACUUCAAAUGGGUGGUGGUGAGCAGAAAAAUGUUUCUAUUAAUGUUAAGAAAAAGAAAAAUGGUUCUUUUAAGUCCAUUUUCAUGCAUGCUGAUGUUCUAGACUGGUUUUUAAUGGUUUUUGGUUCAUUUGGGGCUAUUGGUGAUGGCAUAAUGAUCCCUAUGGUGUUGCUAAUCACAAGCAAAAUUAUGAACUCUAUUGGUGGUUUUUCUAGCCAAACAAGUAGCAAUUUUCUACAUAACAUCAAUAAGAAUGCUGUUAUUGUGUUAUAUUUGGCGUGUGCCUCUUUUUUUCUUUGCUUCCUAGAGGGUUAUUGUUGGACAAGAACAGGUGAGAGACAAGCUGCAAGAAUGAGAGUUAGGUACUUAAAAGCAGUUCUAAGACAAGAAGUAGCAUACUUUGAUUUGCACGGUACAAGCAUAUCAGAAGUCAUCACCAAUGUCUCUAGUGACAGCCUAAUAAUUCAAGAUGUCCUUAGUGAAAAGGUUCCAAAUUUUUUGAAGCAUGUAUCUAAGUUCAUUGGGAACUACAUAGUGGCAUUUGCAUUGUUAUGGAGAUUGGCCAUUGUUGGGUUCCCUUUUGUGGUUCUAAUUGUGACUCCUGGCUUCAUAUAUAAGAGGAUUAUGAUUAGGUUGGCUAGAAAUAUCAGAGAAGAGUACAAUCAAGCUGGUACAAUAGCAGAACAAGCGAUAUCUUCAAUUAGAACUGUUUAUUCCUUUGCAGGGGAAAAUAAGACUAUAUCUGCUUUCUCUGAUUCACUUCAAGGAUCAGUGAAGUUGGGAUUGAAACAAGGCUUGGUUAAAGGCUUAGCUAUAGGAAGCAAUGCUAUUGUGUAUAUUCAAUGGUGUUUUAUGUCAUAUUAUGGUAGUAGAAUGGUCAUGUAUCAUGGUGCUAAAGGUGGUACUGUAUUUGCAGUUGUACAAUUGAUGACAUUUGGUGGAAAGGCUGUAGGAGUUAGUUUAUCAAAUGUGAAGUACUUCUCAGAAGCAAGUGUUGCAGGAGAAAGAAUAAUGGAAAUGAUAAAAAGAGUUCCAAAAAUAGAUUCUGAAAAUAUGGAAGGUGAAAUUCUAGAGAAAGUCUUGGGGGAAGUUGAAUUCAACCAUGUUGAAUUUGUGUAUCCAUCAAGACCAGAAAGUGUGAUCUUAAAUGAUUUUUGCUUGAAGGUUCCAUCAGGAAAAACAGUGGCAUUAGUAGGAGAAAGUGGUUCAGGAAAAUCAACAGUUGUAUCACUUUUGCAAAGAUUUUAUGAUCCAAUUGGUGGAGAGAUUCUUCUUGAUGGAGUUGCUAUUCAUAAGUUGCAACUUAAGUGGCUUAGGUCACAAAUGGGUUUAGUAAGUCAAGAACCUGCUUUGUUUGCAACAAGCAUUAAGGAGAAUAUACUUUUUGGAAGAGAGGAUGCUACAUAUGAAGAUGUUGUGGAUGCUGCUAAAGCUUCCAAUGCUCAUAAUUUCAUUUCAUUGUUGCCACAAGGAUAUGAUACUCAGGUUGGGGAGAGGGGAGUACAAAUGUCAGGGGGACAAAAGCAAAGGAUUUCCAUUGCAAGAGCCAUAAUCAAAAAUCCAAGAAUUCUAUUGCUAGACGAAGCAACAAGUGCACUAGAUUUUGAAUCCGAACGAGUUGUCCAAGAAGCUUUUGAGAAAGCCACAGUUGAACGCACCACCAUUAUCAUCGCUCACCGCUUAUCCACCAUCAGAACUGCAGAUAUCAUUGCAAUCGUUCAAAAUGGUAAGAUCGUGGAAACAGGAUCUCACGAAAGCCUUAUGCAAAAUGACAGCUCUCUUUACACCUCCCUCGUUCGUCUUCAACAAACUAGAAAUGACCAAAGUGACCACACUCCACCUAUCAUGAAUAGAGAUCACAUCCAAAACACGUGUAGUGAUACACUCGUGAGUCGUUCUAGCUCUUUCAACUUAAUGACACAUGGUAGUGGUGAUGUCGUUAACUGUAACAAUGUUGUUGUACUUGAUGAUGAAAAUGAUGAUAGUAGUAAUAAUAAUAAAAAUAUAAAGAGCAAAAAGAAGGUAAAGGUUCCUUCAUUUCGAAGAUUGUUAGCAAUGAAUGUGCCAGAAUGGAAGCAAGCGUGUUUGGGAUUUUUGAAUGCGGUUUUAUCUGGUGCGGUUGAACCGAUGUUUUCAUUUGCAAUGGGGUCAACUAUUUCUGUUUAUUUUCUUAACAACCAUGAUGAGAUCAAGAAGCAGAUUAGGAUUUAUAUGCUUUGUUUUCUAGGGUUAGCCUUAUCCUCAAUGGUUUUUAAUGUGCUUCAGCAUUAUUGUUUUGCAUACAUGGGAGAGUACUUAACUAAGAGGGUUAGAGAAAGAGUGUUUUCCAAGAUACUCACUUUUGAAGUUGGUUGGUUUGAUGAAGAUCAAAAUUCUACAGGUGCUAUUUGUUCUAGACUUGACAAAGAAACCAAUGUGGCAAGGACUUUGGUGGGUGAUAGUUUAGGAACAGUGGUACAAACCAUAUCAGCAGUGGUAACAACAUUCAUAAUGGGACUAAUCAUUACAUGGAGACUAUCAAUUGUUAUGAUAGCAGUUCAACCAAUUCACAUGGUUUGUUUCUACACAAGGAGUUCCCUUCUUAAGAGAAUGUCAAGAAAAGCAAUUGAAGCCCAAGAUAAAAGUAGCAAAAUAGCAGUUGAAGCUGUUUCGAAUAUUAGAACCAUAACUGCUUUUUCAUCUCAAGAUAGAAUUCUAAAAAUUCUUGAAAAAGCCCAACAAGGCCCAAGUCAUGAAAACAUUAGACAAUCUUGGUUUGCUGGUAUUGGGCUUGCAUGUGCACAAAGUCUCCAUUCUUGUAUUAGGGCAUUCCACUUUUGGUACGGUGGAAAACUUGUGUCUCAAGGAUAUAUAACAACUAAGGCAUUAUUUGAGACUAUUAUGAUUUGGUUAAGUAUUGGAAGAGUUAUUGUUUAUGUUGUAAACAACAUGACUAAUGACCUUGCUAAAGGCUUUGAUGUUGUUGGGUCAGUGUUCGCAAUUCUUGAUAGGUAUACAAAAAUUGAGCCGGAAAAUUUGGAAGGUUACAAAGUAGAAAAGUUGAUAGGAAAAAUUGAAUUUCAUGAUGUACAUUUUGCAUAUCCGUCUAGGCCUAAUGCAAUCAUCUUUCAAGGGUUCUCGAUUAAAAUUAAUGUCGGUAAAUCAACGGCUUUGGUCGGGGAAAGUGGUUCUGGAAAAUCGACAAUCAUAGGACUAAUUGAGAGAUUUUAUGAUCCAAUAAAAGGGAUAGUGACGAUUGAUGGUAGUGAUAUAAAGUCUUAUAAUCUAAGGUCAUUAAGGAAGCAUAUUUCACUUGUGAGUCAAGAGCCAACAUUGUUUGGUGGUACCAUAAGGGAGAAUAUUGCAUAUGGAGCAUAUGAUAAGGUUGAUGAGAGUGAGAUUAUAGAUGCAGCUAAGGCUGCAAAUGCUCAUGAUUUUAUAUCAAGCUUAAAAUAUGGUUAUGAGACAUUGUGUGGUGAUAGAGGAGUUCAACUUUCUGGUGGUCAAAAGCAAAGGAUUGCAAUAGCUAGAGCUAUAUUGAAGAAUCCAAAGGUGUUGCUUUUGGAUGAAGCAACAAGUGCACUUGAUAGUCAAUCAGAGAAGUUAGUGCAAGAUGCUUUAGAAAGGGUUAUGAUUGGAAGAACAAGUGUGGUUGUGGCUCAUAGGUUGAGUACUAUACAAAAUUGUGAUAUGAUUGUUGUUUUGGAUAAGGGUAGUGUUAUUGAGAAAGGAACACAUUCAUCUUUGUUGUCUAAAGGACCAAGUGGAGCUUAUUACUCUAUGGUAAGUCUACAAAGAAGACCACCCAAUACAAUUGCUGACACUACACACUGUACACAGGAAAUCAAUUAAAUAACUAAGAUCAGGUUCCUUGUUUAAAAGUUUACAAAUAAGAAUUGGUGAUGGAGGAGUUGUUUAACGUGGAAAUUGAUUGUCUCAUAGCUUCCAAAUUCUUUCAUAUUUAGAAUCAUCGAACUUGUUUGUUUUUUAAACAUUCUACAAUUCCUAUAUAUGUUAAAUAUUAUGUACUUUA